AUGACUAGGCUGGAUACUUCAUUCGGUCGUCAGACUGAGGUGAUUUUUGCCAUACUGGUAUUUGCUAUCCUCGAUAUUGUUGCUGUUUCCGCAGGGAUAAUGGUGAUUGGUAUUAUUCUUGGCAAACCCUGGCUGGAGACAGUAUGCGGCACUGCACGCAGCCUGUUUAUUGCGAUUUUGGUUUUAGGAGGGAUUGGGUGUUGUGAGUCGAUAUUCGAUGGAUUGCGUCUCAACUGGAUUGCACACAAAAUUCGAAAGGUGAAAGAACUCUUUGAAUUGAAGGAAAGUCUCAGAGCCCAGGCUGAAUGGGUAAAAUUUAUGGAAUCCCAAGCGCUUGAGCGCGACAAAUGGAUACAGAAAAUGAGCUGCGCUAAAUCGGAAAUGGUACAGGCAGGAGAAACAGAACGUCUUGUUGAAACUAAAGCGGCUACCUUACAAACAUGGCAGACAUGGCUAUCAGACGGAAAGAAACAGAUCAGGGAGCUGGCGCGAAAGCAAUACCACGAGCGGUCCGACAGGCUAGAGGGACCCAGGACGCGAGAUUACGAAGUGUCUGCCCGCCGAGAAGCCAGACUUCUCGAACGAGACCCCGUCAAGUUUGUCUCGGAGCGGUCAAGGGUGGAGGAUUGCAAAAUGCUCCACGGCGUGACCGUCGGUGAAAAGGUUGAAAGCUAUUUCACUAGCCGUCCAGCAUCUCUCGUACCUGGCCGUGCGCUGGAGACUCUCUUAAAGCUUACUCCACGGCCAGAUAGCGAAAUACGAUCGCUCACCUUCGUUAUGAACACUGCGCAAGGUGCAGUGGCCGGCGUAGUGCGUGCGAUAAUGAGCUUCAAUGGAAUGCGGGGGCCGAUUGCGGAGUUCAUGUUCAUGGGCGUCAGGCUGAUGGUUGAUCAGGUAUUGGAGUCCUCGAGCCCAACUGGACCUCUACUGGCUCAUCAUUUCGACCCCCCUUCUCUCUACUUUUUACCUGAACACUGGUGCCGACUCUUGCGUAUAGCCCUACAUUCGUCGGCUAUGGAGAACCACCAAUUGACUUUGACCAUCUGGGCCUUGGCGGAGGAUGGCAGGCCCCCGAUCGAUCGAUCGAUCACCUUGGAUGCGCAUACUUAUCGGGUUAUUCUCGGCCGCUCGUCUAGGGUUGAAAGCAAAAACCUCAUUGCAGCUCCCGACAACCUGUGGUUUGACAAUCCAGUCCUGUCCCGCAACCAUGCCGAAUUUGCCAUCGCUAUCCAAAAUAAGGAUGUCUACAUAAUGGAUACAAACUCGAUGCAUGGGACAUGGCUGAACGGCGUCAAACUCUCCUGUGAGAGAAGAGCCUUACUUAUGGAUGGAGAUCACAUAACAUUCGGGGCUGAUGUCACCCGAGGCAACGAUAUAUAUGCGCCCCUUAAAGUUCACGUCAGCCUUUCUUGGAAGAAAAUUGAUGAUGCAAUGAUUAAUACGAUUGAAGGUGUGCGCCCUACUCGACGAAUCCAGUCUUCCAACACAUUUGUUGCACCUGAUAGUGACUACGACCCGGAUGAGGAUGGUAUCCCAACUCCAGAAAACGUGGGGGGUCUUGAACUAGAACAAGUAGAAUUACCAAGGGUCAUUUCUGCCAGAUCCGACGUUUCCCUUGUUGAUGAACCCACUACUAUACCCGCAGAACGCCCCCUUUUCCUGGAACACACCUAUGAUUCUGCAAACUCAGAUAUAUGUUCGGUUCUAAAAGAUAACACUCCAGACGUCUUUCGGAACCCAAAAUUGGAAGUUGCAGCCGGAAAAAGCGAUGAUAGGGGGGAUGCCACCGAGACUAUUGUUGAAAUUGAAGAAGCCAGUGAUUUUAUUUCGGAUGAAUUAUAUGGCCCAGGUACAGAGUCUACUUUUUCUACCUGUGAAGACUCAGAGGGCGGCAUAACGCCUGCAUUCUCGGAGUCAAAUUUUACGACCGACGGCAGUAUUUCCAACAUCUCUCCAUUCUCUGCUUUUCUCGCCAAGGCAGAAGACGUUGCGCCGACUACCCCGGAAUCAAUGAAGUGUAAUGAUCAGCAAGCUCCCAUCUCCAACCAUAGUACACUAGCGCCACCAAUUGCGGAAACUUUGGAUUCCUGUGAGAAGUUGGUUUAUCAUACUCCCGAACGACAAGAUACUCCUAAACCUACGUCCAACACUACUUCAUAUCUCCAUAUUGCCUCAUAUCCAGCACGUUUAUCUGAGUCUACUAGAGCUGCUUUUAGAGGAUCAACAAAGGGUCCAGGACUCCCUGGCUACUUACCAUUCUUACUGAAUGAGGAACCUUCCAAUCGGUACAAAGAUGGGCCUUUUUCUGAGCCCACACAUUCGCCCUACGAUCAGCGAGCGGGAGACCCCAUACAUAUGGAAGCAGCUAAAUUGCCUCUUUGUCCGAAUCCGUGCAGCGUUGCAGUACAACCCGACUCCCAGGCAAUGCACAGUUUGGAAAGUGGGUUUAGGCCUAUUCUUGAUCCGAUAAAUAAUCCAUCGAAGCGAAAACUUGGUGAAAUGGAAAGUGAAGCUCUGCAGGGUGUAGAUUCAUACUUGAGCAGUGAAGAGAUGCCUAAUGCACAGCCGAAAGACAACCUACCAAGUUCUCUACACCUCGAAACACAGCUCGAGGCUACCAAUGAAUCGGACAUCCCCUCAAUCCCCUCAUCCAGGCAUACUAGGAAACGUGCAAGAAUCAGCGAAAUAGGGCAUCGGCCAGAAUCCGGAGUACAGAAUUUGGCUCGUUAUGCGAUAACUGCCGCUGCUGGAGCGAUCGUUGGUGGUGUAGGAGUAAUCAUAGGUCUUGCAUCCCUCCCCCCGGACUUUUUCAACUGA